GGCUUCUUCCCAGCUUCUGGGUGUCCCUGUAGGUCUCGUGUUCCAAGCUGUGAGAAAAGGAGGGCGUGGGAGGUCUCUGAUAGGACACGAUGGAGGAAGAAAGAGGCGAAAACUUCGACGGGGUGAGCACCGAUCACCUCAAACAGGAGUUACUGGAAGAAACCCACUUGAAGGUUAUGGUACAACUAUCAGUACUUGAAUUAAGGAACAAGAUAGCAGAACUGGAAGCCAAACUCAAUACUGACGAUGAAGGUGGUGAAUGGAAAACUCGUUAUGAGAUUCAACUUGAACUGAAUGGUCAACUAGAAAAGCAAAUUGUUUCUCUUAAAGAGAAAAUAGAAAAAAUCCGCGGAAAUCCUUCAGAUAGACUGUCUUCCAUUCGUGUCUAUGAACGAAUGCCAGUGGAAUCCUUAAAUACAUUACUUAAACAGCUAGAAAAAGAAAAAAGGAGUCUUGAAAAUCAAGUGAAAGUCUGUGCACUGAAAUUGGAACAGGAGUCAAAGGCUUACCACAAGACCAACAGUGAGCGCCGUGCAUACUUAGCUGAAAUGUCUCAGGUCUCUGGCUCAUACCAUGUUUCUAAAAGGCAACAGAUGGAUCAACUACCUAGAAAGAAAGAUAAUCUAGUGAAAACGGGAAGAUGUAAUCCAGUUGUUCAGAAGACAGUGAAUGCCAAGAGAGGACCAGUAAAAAAUAUUACAAGCGCUAACUAUCUUCCAAAACUCAAUCCGUGAUUCCAGAACUGGGUGGAUUUCUGUAUAUCUUCCUUUCUUUCUUCUGUAUAUUCAUUUGUGAAGUGAAUGUUCAAUACAGUUUUCAGGGAAUGAAAUAGAUAAGAAAGAGCCAUCAAACUUCUCUUUAGCUCUUCUUGCAGCAGUUUGUUCCUUUGUCUGUAUGAAAGUAAUUUUCUCAAGUGGCCCUAAAAUAUCUUAGACAGCUUGAAGGUGGACAUUAUUAUACUUGCUUUUAACAAUACACCCAUGAUCUGCUCUAAUAGCAACGUUCCUAUCAUAUUUGGCUUCUAGUUGGCUAUCAGCUAAAAAUGUGAGUUUAACACUUUUUGCUACUUUCGGCUACGUCAUGUUGAGUUUUUUUAAACUUACGGUUUAAACAAAGCUGCAAGUCCGUUGUGUUUUAAACUUUGUUUUGGACUUUCAUGAUGCUGUGUAAAAAGGCUUCGGUCAGGGAACAGCUUGGAUAGUUCCCAUCCUGCCAUGACCUUAGGAGAUCUUGGGCAAAUUCCUUCCCUCAUCUUUUUUCCCCACAUCUGUGAAAUGAUUGAGGCAAAUGAGAUUUAUUACUAGAAAACUAGCACUUACAAGAUACUGCCACUUAGCAUAUGGUGAUGUAAGUCAUUUUCUGAUGUUUAUUAAUUCACAGUGAUGGCCUAGUUCUUUUGACCAAACUUUGCAAGUGUUUACAAUACACAAGUUUAGAAGUGGAUAUAAAAUGAGGAUGGGAGAAAUGUUCUUUUAAGGCAUUUAUACAAUUCAUUGAAAUCUCCUGUUUGUGUUUAGAUUGUUUUGUAACUAUCACCUAGCUCUGGAAUAUACAUAUGAUUUAUUUGCCUAACUUAAUAAGUGAAAUUAUUGGACUUUAAAUUUCCAGAAAUCACUCAAAGUUAAGUAUAAUUUCCAGCUAUUGAUGUUCUCAUGUUGUAUCUGGCACUGAAACCUAAAUUCUAUUCAGUAUCACAGGCAAUGAAUACCAAAUGCAUUUCUAUAACUAUUUUUAUAGAUUUUCACUUUCUUUAAGGAAGAAUGCAUAACUUUCAUAUAGCCAAAUAAUUCUUUUAGGUGACUUAAAAAGUAAUGCAGAGAAAUAUAAAGUAACUUCCUGUAAAUUAUUCCAAAUGGGAACCGUUUGGAAAUAUUUUCCCCUGUUCUUAAGCUAACUACAGACAUCAGGUACCCUUAUUAUUAAACACAUAUUAGAUUUUUAGGUUUUAUACAAUCUUUCUUAGUAUUAGCAGCAAAUCGAUAAUUUAAAUAUUAGUAAUAUUUGUAAUAAUCACAGAGUCAUCACUGAAAAAUGAACAGCUGUGUUUCUAUCAUGCAGGGCCAAGCCACUGUGGGCAAGCAUUUCCUUGUCCUCAGUCACUAGGAUGGUAUAUUAGUUGAACACCAUAUUACUGGGAUUCUAUCAUGUUUCAAUGUUAUUUCUGCAGGAGCUGCUUUGGGAUACUUUCCAAUGUCAGGAGAUGUCUGUCUGUAACAGAGUGGUGGGUUGUUGGUGGGGUAGGACAAGGAACUGAAAUGGGGCACUCUUUAAGAUCUAUGCUCUAGUAGUAGUUUUGCACUAAGCUUCUGAAAUGAGUAAAACACUUUUCAUUGCCUCACUUUCAUCAUUUAUAGAGUUGGGAAUAAAUUGCUGUGCAGAUCAAAGAUAGUUACUACAUAUUUAUUUUUUUAAUACACUAUUUCCCUCUAAAAAGGAUUGUGUUUGCUUUUACUAAAUACAGGUAUAAAAACAACACCCAUAAGAUAAAAUAUGAAAAUAAAAGUUAAAGUUUUGCAAGAAUUCUCAACUAAGAAAAGCUCUAGCUUUAAGCUUCUAACAAUCGGCACAAAGAAGGAAUGGAUUUUACAGCUCUCAUUUUUUUUUUUAAUGAGAAAUAUACAAGUAUAGAAAAAGUUUUACCUAAUUCUAAGUUCUGAAGGUAAUUUAUCAUGUGAAGUUUUAUAAGAAAAUGCAAUUAUUAUUGAAAUAACCAGUGCAAAAAGAUAGUUUAGUGUCUUUAUUUUAAUACUGAAAUAUGUAUUAACCUCAGUAUUUGGUGUUUUUUUUGUUUUGAAGAGUUCAUAAUUCAUAAAGCAAAAUAUAAGUAAACAAUAUUUAAUAUACUUAAUAUUUCAUAUGUCUAAAUGCAUUACAAAAUAUCAAGAAAUACCAUUUACAAAAACAAAUGUUGCUAUAGUGAAAAGACAGAUAAUGAUGAGUACUAAUGAGGAUGUGGAGAAAUUGGAGCCCUCCUAUGUGGCGAGUGGGGAUGUACAAGGGUACAACCCUUUGAAAACAGUCUGUUCAUUUCUCAAAAGGGUAAACAUAUGGCCCAACAAUUCCAGUCUUCUGUAUAUACCCCAGAGAAAUGAAAACCAAUGUCCACAUAAAAUGUGUACACGAAUGUUUAUGGCACCAUUAUUCACAAUAGCUAAAAAGUGAAAACAACCCAAGUGCCCGUCAACUGAUGAAUGGGUAAAUGAAAUGUGGUAUAUCCAAACAAUGGAAUAUUAUUUAGCAAUUAAAAGGAAUGAAAUAUCGACAUAUGCUACGACAUGGAUGAACCUUGAAAACAUGAACCUAAGUAAAAAACGCCAGUCAUGAGAGACCAUGUCCUGUAUAAUUCCAUUGAUAUGAAAUGUCCUGAAUAGGCAAAUCCACACAGACAGAAAGUAGAUUAGUAGUAGUUGCCAAAGCAUGGCAAGGCCAGAGAAAGGGUAGAUGAUAGGGAAUCAUUGCUAAUACAGAUGAAAAUAUUCUAAAUUUAAUUGUGGUGGUGGUUGCACAA